AUGACCACGGUGGUGGCGCUAGAUCUUUCCAGCCGGCCUGCCUUUGAGCCCACCGACCAAAUCUCAGUUGCUGACCUCAGUCCCAACGUGACCGGUGCUUCCUCCUAUAUCCUCGCCAGUGUCGCUCUUGUCUGGCCAUACUCUAGUUCUACAAGGACACUCGCGUUGCUGCUGGCAGAUUCGGACAUUCGCGCGCGGAAACCUCGAGGGCAGGUAAAAGUGGUUUUCCACAAUGGCAGUGCUCGAGAAGUCGCAAAGACGAAAGUUGGCAUCGGUGACAUCCUGCGACUUAGUCUCGUUGGUUGCAAGUGGCAAGAAACCGCAGACACUAUAUCCACGCCAGGAAAGAAAAUAAAUUGGGACUUGGAAUUCCAGACCCAAGUUACCGCUGAGAUCCUGCGCGACAAUGCUGUAGCGACUACCAUAAACUACACUGCACCUGACGACCGCGGGUCACCAGACAAUGGUGUUCUGGAAGCCCUCAACAGUCUUCCCACUGCAACUCCUAGGCAAAACGGUGUAUCGUUCCAUGAACUAAGCAAGAUACAUGUUCCUCUCAUAACGCCCUCAAGGUCAGGGAGGAGAUAUUCCGGAAAGACAUUCUUCGAAACCUCUUUGGACUCCCUUGCCGAUGACGAUGGCUACGUGGCGGGUCUUGGGCGAAAACGUACGAAGUUUGCAAGAGACAGCGGCGGAUGGAACCUCGUGGACACGGAUGAGGGCUCAGAAUCCGUCCCACAAACACCACAGCCUACAACAACGAUGCUGGAGAUACCAAGUACAACAACUCCAGAUGUCGCUUCGCCCCGUGAAACGCAGGACUCUACAUCAGAGGGCGUCGUUGCCCACGACGAGCCAUUAGCGAGACAGCUUGUUUAUGCGACACAAGAUCAAACUCAACAACAUCUUCUUGAUAAUGAUGUCCACAGUCGUAAAAGUAGUGGAGGCAGCGACAGCACUGCGCCUCAACCAGAUGUUCAAUUCCGGUCUCCGAGUCAAGAGCCCAAGCCGGCCUCCAUGGGUCCUCCACAGACGCCUUUGAGAAUUCCAGAUCUUCCCAAGUCAGGGAAUGCCGAUACUAUUACGCCCACUGAAACAUCUUCUGGUGCUACGUCGACACCUCGACUUCUUCCUCUUGCGUCGCCUGGCCUUCCUCUGGUAUCGCCAUUGAUACAAAGACGUGGUGUCGAAAUUGGAUAUUUUCCGCCUUUCCAGGAUGGAUUAUCUCAAUUAGACGCCUCCGGCACAAGUACGGCCGAGAGCGCUAUUAUUCGAGCCGAUUCGUUUCAGAUUGUUCAUGAAGGGCUUUCUGCUCACGUUGUGACUCACGAAGAACACGACGCGGGCGACGAAAUUCCACUAGAAGCUGGAGCGGGCGAGGAGGGUUCCGACGAGUCACUUGUAGUUCCGGAAGCGCCUCCCCAUCGUCAAACUACUUCAACAAAACAAGUCUUGCAGCCGCCGAUGAAUGAGCAGUCUACGUCGAUACCAGAAGACCACGAUCUGGACCCGUCCAUAAAUGUCCCUCAGGCUGCAGACAACGGCUAUGAUCCCGCCAAGCCUGCCAGCACUGCCACUGAACUAUGGCUGUCAAAUACAGAGCUGGCUAUCGAGGAACAUUACCAGCAGCAGAAUGAGCUGACCAAUGAUCUCCCUAAUUCAAAAAUCCAGCAGCUCAUCGAGAUAGAAGAUGAUGAUCUUUACGGGCCACCGCGCGAUCUCAUGCCGAGAUCUCCUCGUAUCACUACCGAAGAUAUCUCUACAGGCCAGCAGACGAAUCCCCUAGGUGCUUUCCAGGGAUUCCUCGAGAUAUCCCCGGUUCAACCAUCUGCCACCGCUGAUGCUUCGGAUGACAAGGCCACUCUCUCGGAGACACCUCCCCUAAGAGCAAGUUCUGAAGCAUACAUUGAGCUCGAGAGCACGUACACUACUGUUGAACACAAUUCACUUCCUGUUUCCAUAAUAGAUGGCCCAGCUGCCCAACAGCCGGAGUCACGUUCUGCUGUCUCCCAUUCGUCCCCUCAUAGUUCUCCAGCACUGCAUAUGCACAAACAUUCAAUGGAUGGUAAUGUCGACGAAGCCUUCGCCUUGACACACGAGCCACCUUCGGAUUACGCAACUUCCUAUGGCGAGCCACACAGAAGACAGACACCGAUUCCGGCUAGCAACGAUGAUGUAGCCGAAGAACCCAUGACUCCUGCCGAAGGAGCCAAGGAUGUUGCUUUCGAAGAGGCAGUAGAGACUGUUUUUGAACAGGUCGAAGACUCUCUUCCAUCUUUCCAGCCAUCCCAUGUGCUUCCAAUCUCGGAGAUCGAAAUCGCCUCUGAAAGGGCCUUGAGCUACUCGAAAGAUGACAAUACCACACACAGUCAUCCAUCGAAGAGUCCUGAGCAUCUUCAGAAACAGCUAGUAGCUAACAUCGAGGGCACAGUUACCGGAGAGUGGCCCGUCUCUCCACAUCGCAGGGGUGUUCACCCACGCGAUGUAGAGGAUGUCUCUGACAAUGAAGUGGGUCAGGGUGUUGCUUCAGAACUUGUUGCUCAAGAUUCUUUCGAUACGGCGAAGACGGCUGAAAUACCUGCACAACUGCCGACUCCAGAUCAUACUCAAGGGGACAACCUUUCUGGUAACGCUGACCGGACAGCAUCAACUCCUGAGGUGCGAGCGACGACUACUGCUCAAGGUCAAAUCCCGGACGACUCGAUGAUACCUCCCACUGAGGGACUUGUUCAAUCUGCUCAAGAAGGAAAAGACCAUGGACCGGCGGUCUCACCAAUUCAGGGAGAAAUUGAAACUCCUACACCCCGCCGCCUCUCUCGACGAAUAUCAGCCAGAAGAUCUGCGCUGCCUGGCAAUAUCUCCAGCCCAUACUUCACAUCUCGCCGAUCAGCUCGAGCAACGUCGCCGGCAUCCUCACGAAAGGAAAAUGCAAACCCUAUUGCGACACAUGCCGUCGAACUACCGUCCUCGCCUACUCAACAUGCACCAGAAGAGACCAUCGACACAUUGGUGCUUGCGAAAGGAGAUGCCAUGAGUGCCAUUGCUCAGCGAGAGACACACUCCCCAACCCCCCUGGCAACAGGAGUAACGACGCAACAUGCAUACUACCCUUCUCUUGCUUCCCUGGAAGAGCACUUUAAUCAUCUUGUUGAUGUCAUUGGAGUUUGUGUGGACGACUCCUUCCAACCCGAGCGUGCAAAAUCUGGUCCCAAGGAAUAUUACACUACGCUGCGCCUAGCAGACUCAUCAUGCAAGCAGGACGCGGUCAAUGUGCGCGUAUUCAGGCCUGUCAAAACUGCACUCCCAAGUACGCGGCGUGGAGAUGUCGUUCUGCUCCGCGACUUCAAAACACAGACCUCAGAUCGGAAGUUCAUGCUGUUGAGCACCGACACCUCAUCGUGGGCGGUCUUCGCCUCGACUGAAGGCAAAACAUCUGGUCGAUUCGAUGUUGUCAUCACUGGUCCUCCCGUUGAGUAUGGAUCCACAGAGGAGGAUUACGUGGCUCUACUACGUUCAUGGUGGAAAGAUAAUGGAAGCAUCUUGCUCCCUGCUUCGACUACCAGUGCUGACAUUAAGUCCUCCGGAUCCCCACAUUUAAAGCCUCGCCCUACAAAUCGACGAAGAAGCAACAGAACGGACAACAUGGGCAACGGCAGUGAGCAAAUUGAGACCUCCAGAGAAGUAGAGCGUGCUGCUCCGUUGGGAGACAAGGACAAGAGCGAUCGCAAACAUAUUGAAUCGGGCGUUCGAGGCUCGCCCUCCGGUUCCAAGACACAGCCAGAGCAAGCUUCGCGGCGCAGGGUCGGUCUGCGGCGAUCAGCCACCCCGGUGGACGAAGUUGGAGACGCUCUCCAAAGUCCGCGCGUUGAACAGGAGGCACCUGUAGAAACGAGAACAGAUGCCAAUGGUCGCCGCAGAUCAAUAGUCUCGUCUGCAUCACUCAGUCCCAAUGUCUCCAUGCGCGAAGUUACCCCGCGUAGGAGUGCAAGACAUAAGAGGUCGGUUACCCCGGCGACUGAGGGACAGGGAUACGAACACGGAUCCGAAGGAGCCAACUCUGGAAUCAUGGAAAUUCACGAGGGCGGCGCCUCGGUAGGACGGAGGGGGUCGACUGUAUCCAUCGCCUCUACAACGCCGAAGCAGGCGAGCAAAGAAUUCGCACCCAGACGAAGUGCGAGACACACUAAGAGCCCCAGCCUGGUGCACGAGCUGCGAGACGGCACGAAGUACAUUGAUGACGACCGGCAGCAGCCAGGUAACAGUGUCUUGCACGAGCUGCGAGACGGUUCGACAUAUGUCGAUGAAUGA